AUGCGCAAGCUUUUGCCAAGGCGCACGGCGGACGUUGCCACAGCGAGGAGUAUGGAUGUGAGAGCGCCUCUCAAGUGGGAGUGCCCAGCAGGCCACAGAUGGACAGCCAGUCUGGACACCGUCAGGCGCAGAAGGCACUGGUGCUUGGAGUGCGUCGGGUCGCCCACUCAGCGACUGACCAUUCAUGAGGCGACGGCUCUCGCCAGGAAGCGCGGAGGAUAUUGCCGCAGCGAGGAGUACGUGAACCUCAAGAGCCCUUUGCUUUGGGAGUGUUCGCAAGGACACACAUGGAAAUCGAGCAUGAUGAAUGUCAAGCACGGGCAGGCGUGGUGCCCUGAAUGUGCCAGGUCACGCCAAGGCCCACGGCGCACGAUGAGCGAUGCGCGACCCCUUCCUGAGAAGCGUCAAGGAUGCGGUCUUAUCCGGUCAAUCGGCAACGCGCCGUCUCGCUCCUGUGAGCCUCCGUUGAGCCCCAGACAGGCGUUCGGCCUGCACAACAUUACGAACAACGAAUCGAGGUCGGUCGGGCGCACGUCACGCGCAGACACCAGAGGCGAUUGCGCACGCAAUGGAGUCUUGUCGCUGGCAGAGAAGCCGUGUGGUGGAAGGGCGUGGGUAUGCACGGAAAAAGGGUUUGCGCAGCCAUCAGUUUGUACACACAGAGGCCUUCUUUAUUCGAGAGAUUUCACGGGCCUUUUUCAGGAACGCGGGCGUUCGGUAUUCAGUUCUGGCUUGGUUCAUGUUGGUAGGGAAGUCCCUCGUUGGGUGCUCGACAUGGUGUCGACUGUCAUUGAUGUCGCACGGCCAGACUUGAAUGGGGAUACCAAAGUUGCCGAACACUUGGCGGCGACGGUCGCGCGAUUCAUCUCAGGCGGGCGGCAGUCUUACGUUUCCCUCGGAUGUUCACACGCCCUGGGGGUGGUGCACGUAGACAGCGUCCAUGUCGCAGAGGCCGUUGGACACGCUGCCAUUCGCUCCUGGACGCGCGGCGGCGAGUUGCAAGUAAAACCGUGGGCUGGCCACUACGAGACAUACUCUCUACUCUCUGAUGCGGAUUGGGACGGCGGGGCGAUGGACUCGGCUUUGCAUGAAGCGUAUGACCAUUGGAGGCGGUCGGUCGGAAGGUUCGUGCUCCAGGACUACGGGCAAUUUUGGAUACCCGCUCGAACUCAAUUUGAGUGGGCAGCCAUCGCAGGAUUGCCAGUGGCUAAGGUCACGCAUAGUGGUCGUCCCCAGUGUCAUCCAUAG